CUGCUCUCAGCCUCUCUGCUCUCCCACUCGCUCGCAGUGCCGCUGGCAGUGCUGGUGCUGGCCGAUGGAGGGCAGGGACAAGGCUGGCUCGCACAGAGUCCCUGCUCCUCUCUAGCCUGGGCUACAGAGAGAGAGAGGCUUGUGUGCCCACCAGAGCCCCCCCGGGGCCCUGCCAGCUCCCCUUGCUCCACCAUGCCUCUGCUGGACGUUUUCUGGGCUUGCUUCAGGAAAGUAAAGUGCUUCCCGUUGCGGCAAGUGAGGAAGAAUGCUGAAGCAGAGGCCAAAAGAGCCUGUGAAUGGCUCCGAGCUACAGGAUUCCCACAGUAUGCUCAGCGUUUUGAAGAAGGUUCAUUUCCCUUGGACAUUGGCUCUGUGAAGAAGGACCACGGUUUUCUGGACGACGACUCUCUCGGGGCCCUGUGCAGGAGGCUGAUGACCUUGAACAAUUGUGCCUCGAUGCAGCUGGAGGUUCAUUUCCAAAGCAAGCAGAAUGAAGACUCAGAAGAGGAACAGCAAUGCACCAUCAGCAGCCCCUGGGCCUUCCAGCGAGAAAGCAAGCGCUGGUCUCCCGUGGGCUCUUCUGACCUGCUGGCCCCACCAAGCCCCAGCCUGCCAGUUACCUCAAGCUGUGAAAGCGUCCUCACUGAGGUUAGUGCCACCUCACUGCCAGCUAUCAGUGUGAGCUUACCACCUGAGCAAGUGAACCUGCCUUUGCUAGCCUGUGCCCCCAGUGCAAGUGACCAGUCCCUCCUCAGCCCUACCCAAGGCCAGGUGAGUCCCCAGAACAAAGCCAAGAAGCACCAUACCCGUAGCUUCCUCAAGCACCUGGAGUCUCUGAGACGGAAGGAAAAGCGUAACAGUCGGCAAACAGAGCUCCAGCAUAGCACAACCACCUUGGAGAAGACCAGGAAAGCCUCAUCAUUUUGCAGUUGCCGUGGCUUCCUCUCAGCUGGAUUUUACAAGACUAAGAACCGGGCAGCCCCCUCAGCCAGUAGCAGUGGUGGUGAGACUCGGAGGGCCUGGGAGGCUUGGCCUGCGGCCACAUUCCAGCACCCUCAGCAGGUAUACCGGGGUAACUACCUGGUGCAUGUGCCCAGGGACCAUAAACCAGGCACAUUCCCUCGCUCUCUUUCCAUUGAGAGCCUGUGUCCGGAGGAUGGGCACCAGCUGGAAGAUUGGCAGCCAGGUAGGCACCGGGUCUAUGUAGGACGCCGGGGCUCCUGUGGCUCAACAGGCAGCCAUGCCAGCAUCUAUGAUAACUUCCCAGAGCUGUAUCCAGCUGAGCCUAUACUGGAUGGGGCCAAAGCUGAAGAAGAGGAGGAGGGUGGGAACAGCUACGCCCACCUGGAUGACAUCCUCCAGCACGUGUGGGGCCUGCAGCAACGGGUAGAGCUCUGGUCACAAGCUAUGUACCCUGAACUGGGGCUUAGAGAUAAGGAAGAGGAAGAGGAGGAGGAAGAGGAGGAGGAGGAGGAGGAGAAGGAGGCCACUUUAUCAGUAGAAAUAGCCACAGCUGAGGUUGAAGACCAGCCUGAAGCUCUGGUCCCAGCAGGGGCUCCAGCUGAUGGAGAGUUCUCAGCCCAGGUCCAGGCAAAAGUCCAGCCAGGAGUCCUGGUUCAGGCCCCAGCAGAUGCUAGACCACUGGGACAAGCAGAGGCGGAACCCCAGGACUAUGAGCAAGAAACAAACUCAGGUGGGGAACCUGCCUCUGCCUCCAGCCUGUCUGUGAAAGAAGCACAUUCCAUUUCUGACACUGUGGCCUCUGCCAGUGAACUUGACAGUAGUGGAAACUCCAUGCAUGAGGCUGGGGCUGCAGGGCCCCUGGCAGUACUCCAGGUAUCAGUGCCCCUGGAACGGCGUGAUUCAGGAGUCGGAGCCUCACUUACCAGACCCUGCAGGAAGCUCCGCUGGCACAGCUUCCAGAACUCCCACCGGCCCAGCCUCAACUCUGAGUCGCUGGAGAUUAACCGGCAGUUCGCAGGCCAGAUCAGCCUCCUGCACAAGGGCUCGCUGCUGCGGCUCACCGCCUUCAUGGAGAAGUACACUGUGCCCCACAAGCAGGGCUGGGCCUGGUCCGUGCCCAAGUUCAUGAAAAGGAACAAGACCCCAGACUACCGGGGACAACAUGUAUUUGGGGUGCCCCCCCUCAUCCACGUGCAGCGCACAGGCCAGCCGCUGCCGCAGAGCAUCCAGCAAGCCAUGCGCUACUUGCGCAGCCAGUGCCUGGACCAGGUGGGCAUCUUCCGCAAGUCUGGUGUCAAGUCCAGGAUCCAGAACUUGCGCCAGAUGAAUGAAAACUCCCCUGACAAUGUGUGCUAUGACGGACAGUCUGCCUACGAUGUGGCCGACCUGCUAAAGCAGUAUUUCCGGGACCUGCCUGAACCCAUCUUUACCAGCAAGCUCACCACCACUUUCCUGCAGAUCUACCAGCUCCUCCCCAAGGAUCAGUGGUUGGCAGCAGCACAGGCCGCCACAUUGCUUCUUCCUGAUGAGAACCGAGAAGUGCUGCAGACCUUUCUCUACUUCCUAAGUGACAUCGCAUCUGCUGAGGAAAACCAGAUGACAGCUGGCAACCUGGCAGUGUGCCUGGCCCCCUCCAUCUUCCACCUGAAUGUCUCCAAGAAGGAUAGCCUGUCACCCAGGAUCAAGAGCAAACGCAGCCGGGUUGGCCAGCCAGGCCCUAGGGACCUGAGUGAGAACAUGGCUGCUACCCAGGGCCUAUCGCACAUGAUCAGCGACUGCAAGAAACUUUUCCAAGUGCCCCAGGACAUGGUGGUGCAACUGUGUGGCUCCUACAGCGCAGCUGAGCUCAGCCCUCCUGGGCCAGCCCUGGCCGAGUUGCGGCGGGCACAGGCUGCUGGGGUGAGCCUGAGCCUCUACAUGGAGGAGAGCGUGCAGGAGCUGCUGCAUGAUGCUGCUGAGCGCUUCAAGGGCUGGACGAGCGUGCCGGGGCCCCAGCACACAGAGCUGGCUUGCAGGAAGGUGCCAGAUGAGCACCCCUUGCGGAUGUGGAAGGCGUCCACAGAAGUAGCAGCCCCGCCAGCUGUGGUAUUACAGCGUGUCCUACGGGAGCGGGCACUUUGGGAUGAGGACCUACUGCGGGCCCAGGUGCUGGAAGCCCUGAUGCCAGGGGUGGAGCUGUACCACUACGUCACUGACAGCAUGGCACCCCACCCUUGCCGCGACUUCGUGGUGCUCCGGAUGUGGCGCUCAGACCUGCCUCGUGGGGGUUGCCUGCUUGUCUCCCAGUCCCUGGAUCCCGAGCAGCCGGUGCCAGAGUCAGGGGUGCGGGCCCUCAUGCUCACUUCCCAGUACCUCAUGGAGCCCUGCGGCCUGGGUCGCUCUCGCCUCACUCACAUCUGCCGCGCUGACCUCAGGGGCCGUUCUCCUGACUGGUACAACAAAGUCUUCGGGCACCUGUGUGCCAUGGAAGUGGCCAAGAUCCGGGACUCCUUCCCUACACUGCAUGCAGCCGGCCCUGAGACAAAGCUAUGAGCCUCAGGCUAGCAUUGCCUAGGCCCCCUGGCACCAAGAGUGUGAGCAGGACUAGGAAUAGAAAGGCCCCUAGAGACUGCUGCCAGGGUCAGAGUCAGACCCAGGUGGCUCCAGUUGCUUGUCCCUCUUGCCUGCUAAUGCUCCUUUGCACACACACAGGAAGAUAGAGUUUAGGUGUCUCAUCUGUACUUCACCUGCUCACCUGCAUCCUCAGUGUAGUGCAUCCACAGUGACUCUGCUCCCAAGACAACAAAGCCAUGUUAGUAACAAGAAAACCACCACUGCCUGUCACCUGCCUAUGAACCCUCACUCAAUCCAAGACCCUUACAGCCCCCAGCAUGCAGGGAAAUGGAGGUAGGGAGCAGCUCUCUGCCUGGCUGAGAGGCCAAGCCACUCUGUUUGAUGUGAAGGCCCUUUUGAGGUUGGACAGGAGGUUCUGACCCUGCCUUGAGGGCCAACAUUAGCCUUGAGCUGGCUUUUCAGAAAUGGGACUGAAGUGUAUGUGCACUGAGGGCAGAACAGAGGGAACACCAACCACUGUUUUAUUUAUAUAACUAUGAUGCCAGUUUUUAUAAGGCUGAUUUAGAGUGGGCACUGAUGAGCCCUAACAGGCCACGUGACGAUUUGGGCUAGCUUGGGAUGUGAGGAAAGGAAGCCUUCUUUUCUCAAGUCUCAAGAGACCAAUGAUCCAUCUCUUCUAACUCGGGCUCCACGCCUUAUCUGCCACUCCCUAGGGUUCUGGCUAGCCUUUGGCCAUGCACUGCCAUGCCUGUAGAGCUGUUGAGUUCACUCCGAGGCCAAGCAAAAGCACAGUGGAAGACAAACAUUAUCUGUGCCCUCGAUUCUUUUUGCCUAUGAGAGCGGGCUGACAUUAACAGCCCCUUUCUGGGGCAGAGGCCUGGGCCCUGGGCCAGCAAGACAGAAGGGCCCAUCUUUACUAGCUGAAGCUUGACCUCUCCUAUCCACUGGCCACCUUUAUUCAUAUGGAAAUCUAAAUGCCAUUCAAAGUCACACUGGUGCUUCAUUGUUUAUUCUGCUGAAAAAACAGGAGUGAGGUGGGUCCCAGCCACUAUUGGAAUUUUUAAGGCUGUUUUAUAAAUACUGUUCAGUCAGAAUAUGUAUGUGUAUUGGUAUAUGUGCAUGCAGAUGCAUGUAUGCAUACAUAUGUACACACACAUAUAUGCUCUCUCCUGAGUGUAUUAUAAUCUCUAGGUGGGAGCAGGGUCUAGAAGACUUCAAGGUAGGACACUUCUGAUAAGAGCAGAGAAGUGGAGAGCAGGAUACAGCAGGAACCCUCAGCAGAACAAUAAACAUUACUAGAGAUGCA